GUGGUACAGUCGUCGAGUAGUUUUGUGAUAGCGACCCCUAUCGGUGUUAGCCACUCGGGACCAGAAUCCACCUCAAGCCAUGCCCGGCCAUCGUCUCCCCGUGUGCAGAUCUCUCUUCAGAGCCCAUGUAACGCUCAAGCACAUCGCGAUGAGGCCAGCAAGCAGCGCAGCCCCCGAGCCGGAGGUGGUGCUGGCACGGACGGGCUGUGCCGGGGUGGCGCUGCUCAACCGUCCCCGCGUCCUCAACGCCCUCAACAUCUCCAUGAUCCGCCACAUCCUCCCACAGCUCAAGAAAUGGGAGGAAGACCCCGCCACCAGCAUGGUGAUCAUAAAGGGCGCCGGCGAGAAAGCGUUCUGUGCUGGAGGUGACAUCAGAGCUGUGAUGGAGGCAGGAAAGCGCGGUGACAGCCUGGCAAAGGACUUCUUCCGCGAGGAAUACAUCCUGAACCACGCUAUCGGGACGUUCAAGAAGCCGUACGUGGCGCUCAUAGACGGGAUCACCAUGGGAGGCGGCGUCGGGCUGUCGGUGCACGGGCACUUCCGCGUCGCCACCGAGCGCACGGUCUUCGCCAUGCCGGAAACCGCCAUCGGUCUCUUUCCGGAUGUCGGGGGUGGCUACUUCCUCCCACGUCUGCCGGGGCGGUUGGGUCUCUUCCUGGCGCUCACGGGAUUCCGGCUCAAGGGCCGCGAUGUGCAGCACGCCGGCAUCGCCACGCAUUUCACCGAGGCCGCUAGGCUGCCGUCCCUGGAGCAGGAGCUGGUGUCACUGUCCAGUCCCUCCCUGCAGGACGUCGCUCGGCUGCUGGACCGCUACCACCAGGAGUGCAGGCUGGAUGAGGCCAAGAAGUUCGUAUUGGCCGAGCACAGAGAGAAGAUCGACAGGCUGUUUUUGGCGGACAGCAUGGAGGGGAUCGUGGCAAACCUGGAACGCGACGGCGGGGAGUGGGCCACCCAGCAGCUCCAGAUGCUGAAGCGGAUGUCUCCGACCUCGAUGAAGCUCGCGUUGAGGCAGCUGAGCGAGGGAGGGCGCCUCAGCCUGGCGGAGGUGCUCACGAUGGAGUACCGCAUCACGCAGGGCUGCAUGAGAGGGCACGACUUUUACGAAGGCGUCCGUUCAGUGCUCAUCGACAAAGACCAGAAGCCGGUGUGGCAGCCCAGCCGCUUGGAGGACGUCUCCGAUCAGGACCUCGACUCGUACUUCAAGUCGCUUGGGCCCAGCGACCUGCAGCUCUGAGAACGCAGCAUCAACCUGGGUCUCAGCGAAUUUAUUUUGCGCCUGAAUAUUGGCUUUAAUCCCCAAAUGUUUGUUCGAUCUCGGAAUCAUUAUUUGGUAAUAUAAGUGGUUAAUAUUAUUCGGAGGGGAGCCAAUAUUCUUGCAUAUUAGCUCCCCUUCUGUAUAUUUGUACCCCCCUUAUUUAAUUACAAAAAUGUGCAAAGUCUCUAAUGCAUCGUAUUUUGCAGUUGUGCUGUACAGCUACUCCGAUGUGCGUUUGGAUUGUGCCGCGUGUUGAUCGGCACGUUGUCCCGACGUUUCACUUCACAUGCUGGGAGCUUCUUCUUUGGUUCUUUCGGUAAAGUCACGUAGAAUGAGAAUAAAAUAACACGAUAAAAUUCUCACGACGUUUCGGCCACAA